UCCGGGUCGUAGUCAUUCUGAGCCCGCAUCUGGGUGACUCCUGGGCGGCCGAGCGGCUGUCCGCUCCCCUCCCCCUUCUGCGGUCCUGCGCGCUUUUUUUUUUUUUGGUUUCCCCCUCCCUGCCCCCUCUCGAGUCCGCUUCCGGCCUUCUGCCCCUGGUCGCCUGGGCUCGCCUCGCCGUCGCCUGCCGCUGUCGUCGGGAGGAAAGAUGAAUGGGAGGGCUGAUUUUCAAGAGCCGAAAGCAGAAGUUCCAAGACCAAUUCCCUACAUAGGGGCUGAUUACAUUCCAACAGAGGAAGAAAGAAGAGUCUUCGCAGAGUGCAAUGAUGAAAGCUUUUGGUUCAGAUCUGUGCCUUUGGCUGCAACAAGUAUGUUGAUUACUCAAGGAUUAAUUAGUAAAGGAAUACUUUCAAGUCAUCCCAAAUAUGGUUCCAUCCCUAAACUUAUAUUUGCUUGUAUCAUGGGAUACUUUGCUGGAAAGCUUUCGUACGUGAAAACUUGCCAAGAGAAGUUCAAGAAUCUUGAAAAUUCCCCUCUUGGAGAAGCUUUACGAUCAGGACAAGCACGGCGAUCUUCACCAACUGGGCAUUAUUCCCGAAAGUCAAAAUACGACUCAAAUGUGAGUGGUCAGUCAUCUCUCGUGACAUCCCCAGCAGCAGACAACGUCGAAAGAGAGAUGCUUCCUCGUUAUGAGCCCGUUCCCUUCAGUGCGUCUAUGAAUGAGUCCACUCCCACUGGUAUUACUGACCAUAUUGCCCAAGGACCUGAUCCCAACCUUGAAGAAAGUCCUAAAAGAAAGAGUAUUACAUAUGAGGAAUUAAGGAAUAAGAACAGAGAGUCAUAUGAAGUAACUUUAACACAAAAGACUGACCCCUCAGUCAGGCCUAUGCAGGAAAAAGUGCCAAAAAAAGAAGUCAAAGUAAACAAAUAUGGAGAUACUUGGGAUGAGUGAAAAAUUACACCAGUGGACCUACUGGAGGAGUUUCAGUAUCCAGCUUCAUCUAGGUGGUCACGAAUACCUGCAUGCUUUGAGUCAGCAGUCUUCAUAAACACAUUUAAAAUAAGAUCCUGGGUUUUGUGCUUUGACUUAUUAUGAUGUUUUUAAAAACAGAUUUAGUGUUACUAUUGUGUAAAUGUACUCACCUUGGGAACUAUAUAAAUGAUGGAUGAUACCAUGAUUUAUACAGUUUGUGAAAUCAUUUUAAGUUACAGGUCAGAGAUACUCUUGUAACUAUUAAGAGAUUGUAAUGCUCUGGAAUCAGCAUAUGUGAAAAUAUUCUCUGCAUGUUGAAUUGGGAUGGGUGGGGGGAACAAGCAUAAUUUUAAGUGUUAAGCUUUACAUCAAAAAAGUAUUUAAAAGCCUUUCUUCAUAUUUGCUGUAUUGACGUUUAUGACAAAUAAAAUGUAAAGGAACACGCAA